UAUAAAAGGCUAUCAUUGCAGGCAGUGAGACACUGAUAUUUGCUCUGUCACGAUGAAGUCCUGGAUGCAACUUCUGAGCCUUGCAGCCAUUUUAAGUUUUGCCCAUGGAUUUGAUGUCUUGCAAAGGAUGAAGAGAACAGUUGAAAGAAAUGUCAAGGUGAGACAGACGGAGACGUAUGAUAUGGAUUACCUGAUAUUUACUUACGGUGACAUUAACAAGGAUGGGCUUCUGUCAGAAAGCGAGGUCAGAAAGCUCUUCAACUGUGGCACCUUCGCCCCCCACGUGAACGACAUCAUACUAAAACUACGGAACCCUGACGGAUCCUUGUCUAUGGACAUCGCAGCUUGGCGGGCAGUGAGGUUCACAGAGGCCGACAUGAAGGAUCUGACACGCUCUCCUUAUGUGAUUAUUUUAUCCAGGGAUAAUGAGUAAAUUCUGUCAUCUCCAAAUAGAUGAAUAAAGAUAACAAAA